GAGUCUGGAGGUUCAGGACGCUCGGAUGAAAGGCGGAAGUGUAGUUAGCCAUAGAUAUCUACACGGGCUAACCUAUAUCAUUUAGGUACUGUUUAACCUGAAGCACUGUUUGUCCUAACGUUAUCGCGGCAAAAUGCCUGAAUUACAGACACGAAGGAUUCAAGCCAUUGAAACCAGUGCCAGUGAUGGACUGGAGGGCUUCAAAGCACAUGCUGUGUUCCAGGAAAUCAACAAAAAGCUCCAAGAGGAUGGAGAGCAGUUUGUGAAAAAGAUCGGUGGAGUGUUUGCCUUCAAAGUUAAAGAUGGACCAAAUGGGCAGGAGGCAACUUGGUAUGUUGAUGUGAAGAACGGCAACGGCUGCGUUCACAAUGACACAGCUAAGAAAGCAGAUUGCACUAUUUCCAUGUCGGACACAGACUUGUUGGCCUUGAUGACUGGGAAGAUGAACCCACAGACUGCAUUUUUCCAGGGCAAGCUGAAGAUCACAGGGAACAUGGGAUUGGCCAUGAAGCUCCAAAACCUGCAGCUGCAGCCGGGCAAAGCCAAGCUGUAGAAGAGACAUCGGAGCUAGAGGAAUAACUGAAUAGAGCUAAUCACAAAGAAAUUAACAUUAAGUUUGGUUGCAGAUAAAUCUGAAAAGUCUGUAAACAUUGUUGACACUGGACUGAACCACUUUAUCUACUAGCGACCUCACUGACUGACUGACUGAUCAGGGGAUUAGUCAGCAGGACUGCUACUUUAGCUGCAGAGUACGAUAGAUGGACAGAAAAAGAUUCUAUAAUCAUGUCCUCUCAGUACACUGGUGUACUGUGUCAACUGGAGAGCUCCCUACUAAUCCAUUUAAUGUCCCUUUUUCAAUAACUUCCUGUUGGUAAUGAAAUCUUACAUUGAGGGUAUUUUUUUUAACAUCUCUAGCGCAGAUUGAUCUAAUUUUCCACAAUCAUGGACUCGACAGUCAAAGUGCCUCCUUGUCUCUGACUCACACGUUGCUGAAAGGUUAAGAGCAAACACCAGAGAAUUGUUUUUCACCACGGCCACCCAGCAUUUAAACAACGGUUGUAAUUUUUCUGCAGUGCUAUCUUUAUUGUAUGAAUCUCCUGCAAGAUUUCUACUAAAUAAAUGUCCUUGCAAUGUUCA